CAUAAUGGAGCUGUGACUAGGAGCGACUCAUUUCUUUAUUCCUGAGAGGAAACACCGGCUGUGUGUUUGUGGUUAAACCUGCUGGUCGACGCCGAUCAAACUGCUGAGCGCUCUUUACGAACAAACCGGAGCGGAUCCGGUCCGACGGACAAGAAUGAGGUCCACGCGUCCCAGUCAAAGAUGGUUCAGCAAAGGUCCUCUGUGAUUACGCUUCCUCCUGCGGUUAUGGUUGCACCAGUAAGCAGUCAGGAAUGUCCUCCCUCUGCCUCUGACAUGGUUUAAACCACAUAUGAUCCGGUCACCGUGAUGGCCUCCAUGGUUGCCAGUGGAAACCCAGAUGGGCAGGCUCUGGUCCUAAAAGGGGUGGAUCCAGAGACCUGCAUGAUUGUGUUCAAGAACCACUGGUCUCAAGUGGUGAAGAUCCUAGAAAAGCAUGAUCCCCUUCGCAGCAGCUCAACCCUACACUCCCUCAGUGUCAUCAACCUCAGCGCCGGCUCCAACGGCGGCCCCCGUUUCGGCCCCAUCCCCGGAGACGAGGCGAGCGCUGUGCAGAACUACGUGGAGCACAUGCUGUUCCUGCUGAUGGAGGAGGACAGCGGCCAGGUCGGCGCCAUGGGCCCCAUCCUGGAGUUUGUGGUGAUGGAGAACGUGAUGGAGCGUCUCUUCGUGUGGAGCCUCCGCAGGGAGUUCACCGACGACAUGAAGCUGGAGCAGCUGAAGAUGUACGAGAUGCUGGUGGGCCAGGCGCGCCAGCCCCUGCUGCACCACAAGCCCAUCCUGCGGCCACUCAUGAUGCUGCUGUCGUCCUGUUCGAGCACCACGGCGCCGCAGGUCGAGGCCGAGCUGGUGCUGCUGCUCAACCAGCUGUGCUGCGUUCUGGCGAAGGACACCUCGAUCCUGGAGCUGUUUUUCCACACCAGCGAGGAUCAGGGAGCCACCAACUUCCUCAUCUUCUCCCUGCUCAUCCCCUUCAUCCACAGGGAGGGCACAGUGGGCCAGCAAGCCAGAGACGCACUGCUGCUCAUCAUGUCGUUGUCUGCUGAGAACGAGCGAGUGGCCAAACACAUCGCGGAGAAUACCUACUUCUGUCCGGUUCUGGCCACAGGGCUGAGUGGCCUGUACUCAUCUCUGCCCACGAAGCUGGAUGUUCCCAGUGAGGAUUGGCAUUGUCUGCAUAAAGAGGACUGGCUCAAAAUGCCGUCUCUCGUCCAGUUUCUCAACUCGUUGGAGUUCUGCAACGCUGUAAUUCAGGUGGCCCACCUGGAUAUCAGAGACCAGCUGGUUAGCUACAUCAACAACGGGUUCCUUGUGCCUGUCCUUGCACCCGCUCUCCACAAGUUGACCCUAGAGGAGGUGAUGACCACCACAGCGUACCUCGACCUCUUCCUGAGGACUGUGUCUGAACCGGCACUGCUGCAGACGUUCCUCUCCUUCAUCCUCCUGCACCAACAUGAGAGCGUCCACAUCUUAGACACUCUAGUCAGCCGCAUCAACACGCCCUUCCAGCUGGGCACCGUGUCCCUGGCACUCUUCCGCACUCUCAUUGGCUUAUACUGUGAAGAUGUGAUGCUGCAGCUCGUAUUGAGGUACCUGAUCCCCUGUAAUCACAUGAUGUUGAGUCAGAGGCGCGUUGUCGGAGAGAGGGACUGCUACUCUGUGUCAGCGGCUAAGAUCCUGGCAUUAACGCCGUCCUGCUGCUCUCCUGAUCACAGCCCCCCGCCCCUCCGACAGCUGGACUCAAUCCUCUUUUCCAAGGGUGGAGAGAGUCCCAGCAACACCAGCACCACGGAGGAAAGUGAGAGCUUCUUAAAGGAUGAUGAUGGCUCAGGUAACUCCUGCACCAUCGGCUCAGAAAUCUACCUGGACGUCAGUUAUCUUCAUUACCUCUACGACGCCCGUCUGAGCAUCAGCAGCUGCAUAAAGGCCUGUCAGGUUUGGUCGGCCCCGUACAACGGCGAGGACCCCCCUCCUGAGAAAUACCAGCCCGGCGUCCUCGAGGAGCCGGGGCUGAAGAGUCGGCCAACCCAGACGGCUUUCAAGAGAGUUCCACAGCCGCCAGCACCUCGGCCCUGCCCGCCGCCGAAUACAGAGCCGCCCUCCAUCACGCAGCAGGAGCUGGAGUGGGAUGAUAGUUACGAUGCGUGCCCGGUGCAGACCGCUGAGGCUCCUGUGGAGAGUAAACGUCCACAGCAGCCUCCUGCUGAGCCCCCAAAGCACAUCCAGGAGAUGAGGAAAACAGCCAUCAUGUUUGUUCAAGGUUCAUACAUUGAGGAGAACGAGUUCCAGGAUGACGUCAUGGUGUACGAUCUCGUAGCAAAGAAUGACACCAGAGAUACUGAAAGCGGUAAGCUCAAAACCAACGGCUCCCAAUCGAAAGAAGCCCAACCGGGAUCAGCAGAAGUUCCUCUAAAAAACGGACUCAGUCUAACACUUCCGACCUCUGUGAUGGCUGAUAAAAAUACCUUGGACACAAAGGCCAAAGGUCAGAUGGAUUGUAAUUCCCACCUCCCAAACACCACAGCUGCCGAGUCGGGCAAUGACCUUUUGGCUCAGUAUGAGGAGCUCAUUCGUACGUUGGACACUAAAGCAGGUGGAAAAAUGGUCAAACCUGAUGGAGAGUUGAAGAAGCCGGUCACACCUGCAGAGGAGGACGAGGGAGAGGAGGAUGAGAUGGAUUUCACGUCGUUUUCUGCUGAGACACCAGAGCCAGAAAAACUGCAUUCACCAUUUGGGCCCAAGUUUGUCAGCGGAAGUGCAGGAAAAAAGCAGUCAGUGCCUUUUACCGGUCCAUUUGUCAGUGUGCUGCUGUCUCGUCUGGAGAACAUGCAGAGUAACACGCUUCACGUCAACUUGUUGGUGACGGGCAUCCUGGCCCAGUUGGCGGCCUACCCUCAGCCUCUCUUACGCUCCUUCCUUCUCAACACCAACUUGGUCUUUCAGCCGACGGUUCGCUCCCUUUACCAGGUACUGGCCACCGUGAAGAACCAGAUAGAAGAGCAGGCUGCCACAAGAAAAGACUUUCCAGAGCUGAUCACUGCCGCCCAACACUGGCUGCUGGCCAGGGAGACCUCCUUCAUAGCUGCAGGCGAAAGCAGAAGCUCCACCCAUGGCGAGGCGGGAAGGAUGUUGAAAAAUUCUCCGCCACCGAAACCCAAAGCCAUCUCUCUGGAUCGGACAGAAGUCUUCGCCACCGUCCUCUUCACGGAGUUCCUCAAAGAACUGGCUGCUAUUGCACAAGAGCACUCCAUCUUAUCAUACAUUCCUAUGGAAGAGUGAUCGAGUCCCAGUGGAGUCCAGUUUAACUCUGAAAGACUUAUAAAGACUUUUUUUUCUUUCUAAACAAUGGUUUUCUGGUCUUUUUCAGGCCCUUCUUGAUGAAGAAACCUCUCAGAUGCAGUGAUUUAUGAAACUAUUUUUUAAAAAUCAUAGCAUAUUUAUUUUCCCAAGCAAAGAUAAUCAAUUUAUAAUACUUUUUAAUUUAAUCUUUCUAGUUCUGUAAAGUUCUCUUAGGCAGCCAAGAAGGAGGCGUAACCUUUGAGCUGUUUGCUGAAGCCUGCACCAGCCGAUAAUGCUCAUAAGAGCGAGCUCCAGGUCAACCAACCAAAGACUGUAGAGAGAAGAUUUUAGCAAAACCAGCAAAAAAAAAAAAAUGUUGAAGCAAUCAUCAGCCCUUAUCUGAACUUCUGAAUGUCGCUCAGUGUGGUUCUGUUAAAUACUCAGGUGGCUUUUCAGAGUUUUUCCUUCUUUGCUGCAGGAUUACACACCAUAUCUGAGCACCACGUGGAGCCUCUAAGCCUUUUGAAUUGACAGCAUUAAAAUGUAAUUUGAGGAUUAACUGUCAGCAGGGCCGACAUCAUCACACAUCCAAACUUCUCAUGCAACUCUUACAUGACAACUUUCUUUUGGGGCUAAACAGUGGGUCACUUUUGUCUCUGAACUUUGGGUGUUUCCACAUAUCUUUGUGUGUUAGAUGUACAUUUGUUUUGGUGUUUUUCUGUUAAUUCAUGACGGUACCUCAGGAGUCUUUUUAAUGCACGUUCUGUAACAGCCUUUGGGGUGAAGCGUUUUUCCCACAAUGCACUAGUUUCUCGCAUCGAUGGGCUCCACAUCUUCUCCGGACCUGACCUCCGAAACCAGAAUUAGUAAUGCUUUAUUUAAUUCGCCUUACUUUAGUAAUGCUUUAUGAUGUACAUAUUGUAAGACAAAAGGUUCUAAUGACACAGGACACUAUGCAAGUCGAGGAUAUUAGAUAUUUUCAGAAUGGGAAGGGGUAUUUAAGAGUUUCUAUCGCCAUAUGUUUUUUUCACGUGGCUAUACUAAAGGCUAGUUGUUAAAGUUUGUCAUCAUUUUCUAUUUAGGGUUUGUGUAAGGUUUUGUAGUUGUGAUAAGUCUCAUAUCACUGCUAGGAGACUGAUAGUUUUGCAUCUGUUGGAAAACAUCUCGCAUUGUAACGGUUACAUAUGGAAAACUGUGGGGCAUGGCCUUUAUUUUAGUCCAGGUAUUUCACUUGGUUGUUAAAAUGAGAUAAUACAAGAGAUAUAUUUUGUUACAAAUCAUGCCUCUGCUGUCUAAAUGAAUUUAUCAGGACAGAAAUACUUCAUAAUUAGUGCCUAAACAAUUAUGUUUGUUCACACAAAUGCCUGAAUUUGAAUGGAUUUACACAGGAAUGGAUUAUUUAACUUAAGGCUGUUUGUUGUCAAAGUGUAAAGGAAGGUGUGCAUUUAAGAUUUUUAUUUCUGUCCCAUUAUUCCUCCUCAGAAGACACUGCUUUCAAAAAUAAUGUUUUUGUAACAAACUAGUUUUCUCUGAGGAAAAAAAAUGUCAUGCCAUCCAUUCACAACUUGAUAUAGAGAUACUGUUAAUAUAAUUGGACAUUUAUCUGGGAAAUAUAAAAUAUUGGAUAAAAUUAAGUUUUUUUUUAUAUCAUGUUCAGAGCUCUUAUAUUUCUGAGGUAAUGGACUGCUUUGUCAAGAUCUACCAUAAAGUAAAUUAUUAGAACAUCUGUUAUUCUUGUAAAACUACACUGUUAAUCAUCAUCUCAUAUGUCCAGCUAAUAAGACGAAGAAUUGUGUUUAACUUUAGUCUUAAAUCUGGAUUGUGUGUUUUUGUUCCUAUUUAAAUCCAUUCAGUUUCUACUUGCAAUAGAACAUACAGUGGGAUCUUUUGUGUACUCAUAUUGUCUGUACAAAAUUGGCUUGGAAGUGUAUAUUUCUAUCAAUCAGAGCCAUUUUUCAGAGUGGUUGAAUAAGUAUUUCUCUCUGGUAAAAGAAUGUUGUUGAGCACACUCAGCGUUUUUUAUACUACAGUGUCACUGCAGACUCCUCAACCAGCACAGAUUAAUUGAGUUUGGGUUAAAAAAAACGGCACAGUAUAACAAUCUCUGUUUCAGCAGCAUUGUGGCAUGAAGACGGGUGUUAUAACAAAGACUAUAGACCAGUUUUCUGUCUCAGUGGGUUUUUAUUCCAAAGAUUCAACCUUUCUCACACCAUUCGGCCUCAGUUUUCUGUCCAAGACCCAAAGGCAUGCCUCUUUUAAUA